AUGCCAGCGGAAACGCUCACCAGUUUGGCCCGAGUGCUUCGGAUCACUCCAGAGACAUUCGAAGAAGUCAUUGAAGCGGCAGCCGAUGUGUUACUUGGCGGUGGGAUUGUUGCACUUCCAACUGACACGCUGUAUGGCGUAUCGACCCUCAUCGAACAUUCCGAUAAACUGUACGCGUUGAAGAGACGUGAUAGAGCGAAACCACUCGGUUUAUUCCUUGCCGAUCCGGCAGAGAUCCCUCGCUGGGCACGUCUGAACAUCCCGGCUGUGCUCGCCGGCCAGCUUCUACCUGGACCUGUUACUCUAAUACUGAAUCGAUUGCCCACUCUAACUCGCAGUUUUAAUCCAGACGUUGAAAACGUCGGCGUGCGAGUGCCGGAUUCGCUACUGGUUCGAGCUCUCUGUGCUCGUCUGGGUCGUCCACUUGCUCAAACUUCGGCUAACGUUAGUGGAUCGCCGGUGAAUCCCACUAAAGUCGGGGAUUUCACUGAUCUGAUGGAUCAAAUCGAUCUUGUGCUUGAUGGCGGGGUCAUAGGAAAGGCUUCGGCUGACAGCUGUAAUAGCAACGAGGGCAGCACUAUCGUGGACCUUACUCAAGAUGAUUUUUAUCGCAUUGUGAGAGAGGGUUGUGCUCUAAAGCACACGGAAGAGUUAUUAAGAGCAGCCGGAAUACGUCCCCUGUAG